AUGUCUUAUACAUGGGACGAAAGCGUUGAACAAGCUUCUCAGAUGCUCGACGUGUGGGUCAAUGAAGAGGCGAAAGAAAUCAACAGCGUUUCAGGGGAUACACGUACAUUAUCAUUGAACGUUCUGGCUGCAACUGGUUUUCGCAAAUCAUACCCUUUCCGCAGUGCCCAGGAUCAGACUGGCCCAGCCAACUACCGUGACUCCUUGCAAACGAUUCUCGACAAUGCGAUUUUAUUGAUGGUUGCCCCACGAAAUCUUCUCAAUCUGCCUUUUGCGCCACAAUCGUGGAAACGACUCGGCAAGGCAGCCAAGGAUUUCAAGAAUUACAUGCUUACGAUGCUCAAUGAUGAGACCAAGGCCCUAAAUGAAGGAAAGCCAGGAACCGGAAGUAUAAUGACGAUUUUAGUACGAGCCAUGGAUAUCCAGCAUGAAGGGUCCAAAAUUGAGGGGUCCGAUGCAUCAUCGAAAGGGCUCUCAGUUGAUGAGAUAUUCGGUAAUAUCUUCGUGAUCAACUUUGCUGGCCACGAUACCACGGCCAACACCCUGAGUUUUACGAUGUUGCUUCUAUCUGCGUACCCGGAGGUGCAAGACUGGGUAGCAGAAGAACUGCAUUCACUCCCGGAAGAUAUCAAGGGACAUUAUUCUGCCAUAUUUCCCAAGCUGAAUCGCUGCAGAGCGAUUAUGGUUACUCGAAACCCUCCGACUCUUCCCGCCCAUCCCUUCUCUACCGAAGUUGGCUUAGGGCUCUCCACAAUCUCUGGAGUGGAGAAUCAUACCAUAGUCAUCCCUCAAGAUUCCGGGGUUGUAAUCAGCCUUAUAAACACCCACACAAGCUCAGACUACUGGGCUGAUCCAUUCUCCUGGAAGCCAGCACGAUGGGUCACGACCUCAUCUCCAUCCGAGUCUGACGCGGCACUCUUGCUGGAAACCGAGCGAAUCCUUACUCCGAAACUGGGAUCGGCUGCACCGGCCGAUGAGCGGGUUGUCAACCCGGCACGAUGCACAUACUUUCCCUGGGCUGAAGGCGGGCAUAACUGUCCUGGUAAUAAGUUCUAUCAAGUAGAGUUUGUGGCAGUCAUGGCUAAGUUCCUACGACACCAUCGUGUGCGUGCGAUUCCUAAGCCAGGAGAGACAUGCGGGCAGACUCAGGAGAGAAUUCUGGCUACUACUCAGGACGUCGAUCUCCAGUUGCUUCUGCGGAUGCGAGAUGCUGAUCAAGUGCGGUUGUCAUGUGUCUGUGUCUAA